AUGACAGCCCACAUCCAUCGCGCACGCAUCAGCCUGUGUCCGGGAGGAGAGCUGUUUGUUGUCGGCGGUAUAGCGCAUCGCAGAGGGAGGGGGGAUCAGUCACCUUGUACCGGGACAGCGGGACCAUGGCGCAGCUCUGUCCGCUCAGUGCAUGUCAAUGAGCCGCAGUGUGUGUGCGGGAGAGACGUGACCUCCGCAAAGGUUAUGAGCGGUGUGAUGUCCCGGAGGAGAGUUUGUCCUCUGCGUGUGUCCCGCUGCAGGGGUUUAGGAGCAGGACUCACUCUGGAUUAG